AUGGAUUUGCCAAUGGAGACCCUUUCUUAAUAGUAGGAACUAUUUUAAAUAUUGUUGGGAAAGUCUCGAACAAAAAGAUUGAUUAAUCAAUGUUAAAGGUAAAAUCAUAACUUUUAGCUCUUAGGUUGAUUCUAACCAAAUUAAUAAAUUAACAAAGGAGUAAAUUUAAACUUGGUUUUUAGAUGAAGUUAAUUAGCCAUUUCCAUCCCUUAUUAAAAAGUAUUAACUUUAUUACAACAAUCAUGCUUCAACAAUUAAUUUUAGUUAAGAUCCAUUUUGUGAUUUGA